UUGAGACAGAAACUCCGGACAUGAAUUAGUCUUGUUAAACUUUGCUGCCAAUCCGAUUCUUCUUGAGAUUUAUUUUUGACCUACACCUUUUUAACCUUCCAUUCAGCAUUUACAGAGGACCACGUGCAAUAGUCCAUUCAUGUAACCCUUCACAAUCUUUGAACAUGUAAUUUUUAUUAUUAUUUUACGUUUUUGGGGCAUGCUAAGAGUUGCUGCGACGCACUGGAUGAAAAAAGGGCAUCCAAAACUGUUUUCGUUUGGAAGGUCUGAUAAGAAGUUGCACAGAUUCAUGGAGAAGACACUGACAAUAGGUCUGACUCUGUUCCUGGCGCUUUGUGUGGAAGCUGGAGGACGAAAGGAUGGCGAUAAACGUUCAUCGCGCUCUUCAGACAUAAAAGCGGGGCGUUGCUCCUACACGUUCAUUGUUCCACAGCAAAAGCUCACAGGGGCGCUGUGUUUGAACACACCGCCUGCUACGACCAACCAGUCUGAGGUAGCAGCGCUGCGAGCGGAGCUCAAACGGCAGCAGGAACAGAUGGAAAGGCUCCAGGUCCAACUGGAGCAGGAGGGGGCCCUUGCCAUGGAGGUGAGAACCCUGAGAAAGGAAAGUAGCAACAUGACUUCACGCAUUACCAAGCUCUACGCCCAACUGCUACAGGAGGUCAUACACAAGAAAGACAAAGCACUGGAGCAGCAAAGGCUGGAGAACCUCCUACUCAAUGCUACAACACAGGCUUUGCAGGUCUCCAAUAAUUACAGAGAGCUGGAGAAGAAAUAUGGAGCCCUCACCUCCAUGAUGAGCUCCCAGAACCAGUUUAUUGCCCGCCUGGAAAAGCAGUGCCAGUGCAGGGAAUCCACACAGUCCUCUCUGGUGACGACUGAACCACCAAAAAGCCAGCCUAAUGUGCAUCCUAAUUACAGCUCAGAGCCCAACGAAAUGACCAAUGAUGUUCAAAGGGACCAAAGUGCUCCUCCUCUGCGGGAAGCAAAAAGAGUGGGGACUCAUUCCUUCCCCACCACUACCACCAACACUCCUACUGACCUACCCGUCAUUAGCUUCCCUGUCACAAAAACUCCAGGACCAUGGCGAGACUGCCAACAUGUGUUGGAAUCAGGUGAGACCACCAGUGGGAUCUACCUGCUUCGCCCGCAGAGUGCCAACCGUCUCCUGCAGGCGUGGUGUGAGCAGAGUCAGGCUCAGGGAGGGUGGACUGUCAUCCAGAGGAGACAGGAUGGAUCCGUCAACUUCUUCAGGACCUGGGAGCAGUACAAGCAAGGCUUCGGGAACCUCGAUGGAGAGUACUGGCUCGGCCUGGAACACCUCUACUGGCUCACUAAACAGGCUCGCUAUAAGCUGCGGGUGGCCCUGGAGGACUGGCAGGGUCGGCAGGUGUUUGCUGAGUAUGACAGCUUCCACCUGGAGCCAGAGAGCGACUGGUACAGACUGCGGUUAGGACAGUACCACGGCAGCGCCGGGGACUCCCUCUCAUGGCACAACAACAAGGCCUUCACCACUUUGGAUCGAGACAAGGAUGGCUACACAGGUAACUGUGCUCAUUACCAGAAAGGAGGCUGGUGGUAUCACAUGUGUGCGCACUCCAAUCUGAAUGGUGUGUGGUAUCGGGGCGGACACUACCGGAGUCGCUAUCAGGAUGGGGUCUACUGGGCAGAGUUCCACGGAGGCUCCUACUCCCUCAAACGAGUUUCUAUGAUGAUCAAACCCACAUAGCGGUGUUGCUCCAUGGACACGUGACACAGAAACACAGAGUAUUAUGGAUGAUCCUCAGACAUAUCCAGAGGCAACCAAACAAUUCAACCCUUCACCGAGUCUGUUUAAUGAAUAAAGUGAGAAAUGAAUUCAGUGACGUGACUAUGACCUCUGAAUUACUCAAUGAAGCUGCACUACAUUGACGAAUAUGACAAGUUUGUGUUACAAUUUCCUAAAAUCCAAAAUUAGAUGUAGUCCAUGUUGCAUUUUACUUUUCAAUAAAAUCCUGUGCAAUUAG